AUGUCCGCUCAACAACCAUCCAACCGCCCCUUGACUGGCGAGCCUACGUCAAGUGCAAAGAAUGGCGCUCUGGAUGCGAAGGCGAGAGUCGGUGAACAACGCUCAGUGGACGAAACGCCUCCUUAUGUGGCAAAUUUAGCCUCCGAAAACACACAGCGGAUGGAAGCAGCGCUUGGCGAUGCUAUUCUACGUUUCCUGAGAAUUCGAAAGGGUCCAAAGGGUGACGAGUACGACCUUGAUGCGACUGCAACGCAAUCCAGCAUCUGGGAUGCCGACAAUGUGGAAGAAUACAAGGAGCUUUACAUCCAUCCAAAAUGGGAGAAUUGGGCUGCUUUCGAUCCGAAGUUCCGAUGGACCUGGAGGGAGGAGCGAGCAGUGCGGCGCAAAGUCGAUUGGAAGAUCAUGGUAUGGGUUUGUAUCAUGUUUGCAUCCCUGAACAUCGACCGAAACAACAUCAACAACGCGGUCUCGGACAAUAUGCUUGAUGAUUUGGAUCUUACUCGGGCAGAUUAUGUAAGUUUGUGCCUCUCUUCGUCCUCUAUUUCGUGGAUUGGCCCGGAUCUGUGGAUUCCCAUUCAAAUAUGUCUCUUUAGUCUCAUAUCUGGGGCUCAAUUUUUCCUCAGUGGUCCCGCUUCUUUCCUUGCUACGAGGUACCUGAUGUUAGCCUGGUACUGGAUGUCUUCUCAGCUUGUUGAUAUUGGCGUCGGUUUUGCUGCUGUUGGUCUUGUCUCAAUGCGUGGCAUCUUGGGCUACGAAGGCUGGCGGUGGUUGUUCCUGAUCGAGGGUGCUUUCACCUUCAUCCGAGAUGACCCUCAGAAAGGUGGUAUGUACAACAGGCAAGGUCUGUCGGUCAGGCAGAUUUGGGAAUGUACUAAAGACUACGACAUGUGGCCUCUGUACAUAUUGGGCCUCUUGUUUGGACUACCAAAGUAUCCUGUCAACCAAUACUUGACACUCUCCUUCCGAGGCCUAGGAUUCAACGUCAUUCAGACAAACCUUCUCUCGAUCCCUAACAUCGUUGGAUCUAGCAUCAUGAUGUUACUGAUUACUGCCUUCAGCGAGUUGGUCAACAAUAGGAGUUUCGUUUCCAUGGCCGAAGAUGCUUGGUUACUCCCUUGCUUCGUGGCUUUAUUAGCCUUGCCGAACCCGAGCGCAUGGGCAUAUUUCGCAAUCUCAACAGUGUUGUUGUCGUUUCCAUACCAUCCCAUUCAGGUGGCCUGGACAAGCAGAAAUGCAGGAUCAAUUCAAAAUCGUACAGUGUCGGCAUCGCUCUACAAUAUGUGGGUUCAAGUCAGUGGAAUGAUUGGGGCGAACAUCUAUCAACCCGAUGACGCACCGAGGUACUACAAAGCAAACAAGAGAUUGCUAGUAAUCUGUGUUUGGAUGUGUCUUGUGCAAUAUCCGGUUACAUACUUCUACUACCGAUGGAGAAAUCAAUCCAAGGCAAAGGUAUGGGACAUCAUGACUCCGGAGGAGCAAGAAACAUACAGGAAGACCACUACAGAUGAAGGGAACAAGCGACUGGAUUUUCGAUUUGCUACAUAG